CUCCGACGAGUAACGUCAAGCAUUUUAAUAGCGCCAUAUACUAUAUAUUCAAAUAACAGAUUAAUCUAGGAGGCUGCUCAUUACAUUCUUCGAGUUCAGUGUCGUAUGUGUGCGUGUGUAUGUGCACUGUGUAAACACAAUUAACAUUAUGAUAUACGUAAUCGUUUUAUUGAUAGCAGGUACUCUAAGUCUUUAUUAUCUUCUCUUCAAAGAUUUAAAUUAUUUCAAGAAACAUGGAAUACCGUAUGUGAAGCCUCUUCCCAUAGUGGGAAGUAUGAAAUCAACUUUCCUCCGUCGUGAAUCAAUACCUGACUUUAUCAAAUCGGUAUACAAUUUAUUUCCCGACGCCAAGUACAUCGGCUUGUAUGAUGUGAAAAAUCCAAUUAUAAUGCUUCGCGAUCCUGAGCUUAUUAAAUCCGUGACAUUGAAACAUUUUGACAUGUUCAUGGAUCAUAUUAGUUUCGUCGAUGAAAAUCAAGAUCCAGUUUUUGGAAAAAAUCUUGCCGCCCUUCGCGGAGAGAGAUGGCGUGAGAUACGAUCUAUAUUAAGUCCGGCUUUCACGUCCAGUAAAAUGAAAACUAUGUAUAAACUGAUGUUCGAUUGCGGUGUCGACUUUGGCAGUUAUUUGGCGCAAUUACCACCAGAGGAAAGGAUAAUGGAAAUAAAAGAUGUUUUCACAAGAUUUACAAACGAUGUAAUCGCUACUUGCGCUUUUGGCGUUAAAGUAGAUUCUAUGAGAAAUCGAAAAAACGAUUUCUAUGUGUACGGCACGGAGGCAACCAAUUUUACAGGAAAUUUAAUUUUUUUAAAGAUGUACAUACUUAGAACUUUGCCCUGGCUUGCACGAAUACUUAAACUGACAUUCGUUCGUGAAGAGAUAGCAAAUUUUUUUCGAGAGCUUGUAAAAAUCACUAUAAAAGCUAGAGAUGAAAAUGGUAUUGUUCGUCCAGACAUGUUACAAUUGAUGAUGGAGAGCAGAGGUAAAGAUGGCAAGACAGAAUUAACUAUCGAUGAUAUGGUGUCACAGGCGUUUAUUUUCUUCUUUGGAGGUUUCGAAAGUACUUCAACGUUAAUGUGUUUUGCUGCUCACGAAAUUGCGAUAAAUCAGAACAUACAUAAAAGACUUCAAAAUGAAAUUGACCAAGUCUUGGAAGAUACGAAUGGACAAGCAACUUAUGAAGCGGUUAAUAGCAUGGAAUAUCUAGAUGCUAUAAUUAAUGAGGCUUUGAGGAUGUAUCCGGUUGUUGUGAUGUUGGACAGAUUAUGCUUAAAAGACUUCGAGCUACCACCGCCAUUACCAGGAAUAAAACCCUUUACUAUAAAGAAAGGACACGGCAUAUGGGUACCGGUUUAUGGACUUCAUCGUGAUCCUAAAUAUUUCGAAGAGCCGGAGAAGUUUGAUCCUGAGCGGUUUCUUGGUGAACGGAAGAAGGACAAUUUCAACUGCGGAGCCUACCUUCCUUUUGGUAUUGGUCCAAGAAUGUGCAUAGGUAACAGAUUCGCAUUGCUGGAGACGAAGGUUCUACUCUUUCAAUUGCUAGCACGUUGUGAUUUAAAACCUUGCAAGAAGACAUCGGUACCGAUCAAGAUCACUAAGAAUAGUUUAUUUAUGAAACCUGAAGGUGGUUUCUGGUUGAGUGUAAUGCCGAGGAAAAAUACACAUCACUCUAUUACAGCUAAUGAUAUCAAUGGGACAGGCUAGAUGUAAAAAGAAAGAAAUUAAUUUAUUUAAUCAAAUCUUUAAAAAGAGCCCUCACAAAACAUACGGAAAAUGGGUCCCGGUUAAUUUGGCUGAAUUUGUAAUAUAUUGUAGUUUUGAUCGUCCUGAUCAAAAGUCUCCAUAGGCACAAAGUAAAAUAAUAAACAGUUUUUGAGUUAUUGUACAUCAAAUUCUGCCAAAAUCGCCGAGACCUAUUUUCUGUAUGUUUUAUGCGGGGUCCUUUAUAAUUAAAUUAAACUUCUCAUUUUUCAUUA